AUGCAGGGCCCAAACUCUUACAGCAAGAGAGUGGAAGAAGAGGGAUACAAGAGAGGGGCUUGUGAGUCCGAUAUAAUAAGGGGUUUACUGGAGGACAAUGAGAUGAGGAAUGGUGGAAACCAGAGGGGAGUAAAAAUAGAAGGACCCCCUGCCGGUUCCACUCUGGAACCCAAGCCGGAGACCCCUGCCGGAGGCCAUUCUGGAGCCCCUGCACUUCUGGACCCCCUGCAACUCUGGACCCCCUGCCAGAGCCCACUCUGGACCCCCUGCAAGAGCCCACUCUGGAGCCCUAGCAGGUUCUACUCCAGAACACAACCAGGAGCCCACUCUGAAGCCCCUGCCGGAACCCAAGCCAGAGCCCCUGCCGGAGCCCAUUCUAGAGCCCCUGCCAGAGUCCACUCAGGAGCCCACUCUGGAGCCCCUGCCGGAGCCCACACUGGAGCCCUAGCCAGUUCCACUCUGGAACCCAAGCCGGAGCCCCUACCGCUGCCCACUCUGGAACUCAUUCUGGAGCCCCUGCCAGAACCCACUCCAGAGCCCCAUCCGGAGCCCACCCUGGAGCCCCUGGAACCCACUAUAGAGCCCUUGCCAGAGCCCAAGCCAGAGCCCUUGCCAGAGCUCACACUGGAGCCCGUGCCAGAGCCCACUUUAGAGCCCCUUCCUGAGCCCACUCCAUAA